AGAGUUAAUAGAUGCACAUAUAAGGAUAAAGCUGGCGAAAAAAAAAUGGUGAGAGACGCUCUGUCCUCUCUCCUCGCUCUUGUUCUCUGGAUCGGCAAUUGCCUCAUACAGGGAGUCUUCUCUCUGUUCGCGGCCAGUGUGAAGAACCAACAAUCCGUCUUGCAUGGAGUCACGGCCAGUGCACAGAGUCGACAAUCAAGCAGAUGCAGACCCGCCGUCUCUCGGAGGGAAGUUGGGACACCUCCCUUGCUCGUAAGACAUCCGAUUGUGCCUCUGGGCAAAAGAUCGGUUUAUGCAGAGGGACCCUAUGAGAGGAAGCACGAAAUGGUAUGCUUGCUCCACAAACGAAAAAUAGACUUGGUUUGGGGGGAAAAUGAAUGCCCACCGGAGCCUCGUCCCAAGAAAGUAAGAGUUCAGCCUUUGAAGGGCUGGCGGUUCUGGCUCCCUCCGACUCUCGACCUGGGGAGUGAGGAAUCGUUGUUGCAUCAGCCUGGGACAGUGGAGAUCAGAACGCAACCUAAUAGAAAGGCCUCUGAUCCGAUGCCUAGUCCUCCUGUUCGAGCACGUUUGGUUUAGGAAAAUGCCCAGCAAAAACCAGAUGUGAAGUGGCCGGUGAAAAAUGGAAGUAAUCCGCUAAUUUGUAGUCCCGCCGGCGGCCUGUGGGGAUCACCGCCGACAAAGGGCAAUCCUCCAGGGCGUGGGGUUCGGACGAAUCGUAACCGUCUUGGUCUUCGAAGAUCAAGUCCGGAUUCUUUGUGGGCGCUGGGGAGAAAUCUUCGGGUCCCUCUCGUUGCACAUAACCGUAUUCUGCCGAGUUGUGGUAGGUCUCCCAAUUGUGUUGGGUCUCCCAUUCCUACUAGAACUCCAAUUGAUAACAGUGAGAUUGGUCUCACGGCUGAUUCUAGAGAAGCAGCUACUGCUGCGUUUCUCAUUAUUUAUACCCCCUUGUUGCGCCUGCUCUACCACCGCCUCCAAAGCAUAAAGAAUCGGGGUGAAA